AUGUCCUUCACCAAGAUCGCCUUUACCGCCCUCGCCUUGGCCUCUGCGGCCACUGCCGCCCCCAUCAAGAACUGUGCCAGGGGCAAGCCCUCUUCUUACGACGAGGCCUACCUUGAGUCUUACGACGUCUACCACACUAGGUACCUCGCCCUCUCUUGCUACACCCAGCACAACACCACCUUCUUUGACGACUGCUGCCACCCUCUCCUCACCAACGAGACUUUGGCCGACGCCAGGUUGUCUUACUGCAACCCCAACGCCACCCAGCUCGCGGCGGUCAACUCAACGGAAGCGGCGAGCGCCGCCACUGCUUCUGCGACCAAUAGUGCCGACCUGGAGGCUGCCUCAGCCUACUCGGACGUCUCCAGCUCUGUCUGGACCGCCUCUGCUACCGAGACUGCCUCCUCCGUUGCUGUGGCCGACGUCGCCCAGAUCUCCGUCUCCGUCUCCCUUGGCUUGUCCAUCGGUAACGACGCGACCCCUACCUCUUCUUCCUUCGAGGUUGAGCCUACUCCCUCUUCCUCGUCCUCCUCUUACGUCGAGCCUACCUCUGCCUCGUCCACCUCUACCUCAUCCUCCUCUGCCGCCUCUGCUUCUUCAACCAGCGAGGUCUACACUGGUGGAUACGCCACGUUCUACUCCCAGGGCUCUGCUGCCGGCGAGUGUGGCGACUACCACUCGGACGACGACUACGUCAUUGCUAUCGACUCCAACGGGUGGUGGUCCGACUACGAGUCUAACAACUCCUCUCCUUACUGCGGCCGAUACAUCACCCUUACAAACACCAACAAUGGGAUGAGUGUGACUGCCCAAGUGGCUGACGUCUGCCCGAGCUGCACCACUUCGAACUCUCUGGAUCUCUCAGUGGCUGCUUUCAAUGCUAUCGCAAGUGAGGAGGACGGUAUGGUUCCCAUCACCUGGUACUUCAACGCUUAA